UCCGUGUCGGUGGUGAAUAUGCAUCGCCUCACGUCCAGAUCCUUUCUUCUUCAGUGAAGUGGAACACAAAAGGGAAGUCGGCGAAAGACCGAUGUAGCCAGCAGUGCCACCGUACCACCUUCAUAUACAUAUAUACUCUCGUCAGGAGGGACCCAUGUCACCCAUGGAAUGAAUUGCUCGUUGUCCUGUACCAAAUUGAUAGAUAGGGCUCUCCGGGAGUGAAAUCAUGAAGGAAGUUCGGGCAAUUCCGGGGCCGGGGCCGGGGUGGAUAGGGCAGGGCAGCCGGGCACGCCAGGCCAGCCCUCGCCGGCGGAUUCAUCGACACACGGGCGAGGACCGCGAGGGUGAUGUUCUAGAAUCCAUCCUUUCAUUCGGCUGCCGGACGGACCGGCGUCUUCCCUCGAGACGCGCGACCUCGCCUUUCGACAGACGCGCUUUGCUUUUCGCAUCAUUUCACAUCACAUCCGCGAUACACCGUCUACAUGCGGAUCCCCGACCUUCAUGUGACAUCCUGCAACAGGGAAAGAGGACCUCCUCGGACCAAGGCCGUCGAUCUCAUUCCCGGUGCCUCCUCCUCCUCCUCGCGACGCCGGAGAUGCCCGCGGCAUAGUUGAUGUUGUUCCUUUUCGACGUGAGGUCGUCCAGGCGCAGGCAGCGCGAGAAGAUUUCUCCACUGCCGUAGUAUCAGAGUUGCUCGAUGCGGCGCCACGCAUGCUUGACUUUGGGAUGUUAUGUGGGAACGGACUGUUCAAGGCGUGCGA